UGAAGACUGGCUACCAGACUGGUCCAAUUUAGCCAUGAAACCUCCCACACUAAAAUGACAGGUGUUUCAGUUUCAUUGUCCAACCCCUGUAUCUGCUGGCUGAUUUUGAUAUAAGCCUUAAAGAGAACAACGGGUAAAUAGAACAGAAAGAACAUCAGAUAAAAUAGAUUGAAACUGGAGCUUCAUCUUUCAGCAAAGGCUGUGAUGUCUUCUGUUAGACUUAUUUCUAACAGCUCUGUCAUCAUUCACCCACCAGGCUUCUACAUCAUUGGAUUUGACUCAUUUCCCUUCAUAUCUGUGUACUUCAUCUUCCUAGCAUUUGUUUAUUUGAUUUCUGUGCUGUUCAACAGUCUGCUUAUCUAUGUAGUUGCUGUUAGUCACUGUUUGCAUACUCCAAAGUUUUUGGCCAUCACCAACCUGGCAGUGAUAGAUUUAGUGCUUAACACCUGCACCAUUCCCAGCAUGAUAAAGAUUUUUCUUGUCAAAGAUAAUUUUAUACCAUUUAACCUGUGUUUUGUUCAGAUGUUUGUAUAUUAUGCUUUUGCAACACUGGAGUCAUAUGCACUCACUAUACUGGCCUAUGACCGGUUGGUUGCUAUAUGUUUCCCUUUCAGGCAAAACUCAAUCAACACAGUGCACAGCAUGUGUUGUAUUAUCAGCAUUACCUGGUGUUUUAGUCUGGGAAUAGCAACAUUCACAACAAGCUCAAUGACUCGCCUGUCUUUUUGCAACUCUGUCAGAGUGUUCAGUUAUUUUUGCGACUUUGCACCUGUGUUUCGACUUGCUUGUAAUGAUUACUCAUUGCAGUGGUCCGCAGCUUCAUGGCUCUCCAUUUUGUUCCUGGGAGGACCUUUUACUUUUAUCUUCCUCUCUUACUUGAGCAUAUUGGUGACUGUGUUCAAGAUGAAAUCACUGAACCGUCGAGUGAAAGCUUUAACCACAUGUGCUGAACAUAUAAUUGUUGUUGCCGCAUUUUACAUUCCUCUUAUUGUUAUUUUCACCAUUGGAUUUUAUGCAGGAGUGGUUGAACCAGAGAAGAGGGUUCUGAGUCUGUCGCUGGCAUCUUGCAUGCCUCCUUGCAUUAAUCCUAUUGUGUAUUCUUUGAAAACCAAGCAGAUAAAAAUCAGAGCACUGGCUCUGUUUAGAAAAACUAAAGUUGAUGAAAAAAUAUAAUAAAAAUCCAAAAACAGUUUUUGUGUACUUUAAGAAUGAGUAAUAACCUGGAAACUGUAAUCAAAAACAUAAUCAACAGAAAAUUGAAAGAAAUCAGUUCACUCUUGGUCAUUUUUUUAAUGUAAAAUUUUUGAUUACUAAUGAAAAUAAAUGAUAAAUUGUGCCUUGUAUAUACAGUAUAUCAAUGACAACUAAUAAAUUCUGAUUUAGUUGUGUGUCUGUUUCAUUUUGAUUUGGUAACAUUUUAAAACAGAUCUUUAUGCAUAAUUACAUGUUUGUUUUUUGUGAAUUAGGGUUUUUGGAGAUGCCCUGAAAAUACAUGUUUCCAGAUAUGCAGCAGUCCUGAGUUGCCUUUUUCCUAUAAUUCAGUUUCAAAAAUGUAUGUGUAAUCUAUAAUUAGAUGUGCAUGUGUCAUCUAGAACUGUUAGCCAUGAAAUCUGGCUCGUCUAAUGUUUGAACCUAUGUAACAAUGACAGUGAAGGGGAUACUUUUGUUCUGUGAAUAAUGUUUGUCUGAAUGCCAAAAACAUGCGGGAAUAUAUGUUUUGUCACUUACCAUUUAUGUUAUUCUACGGCAAUAACUUUGUUUUGACCAUAGAAAAAAAUAAUACAAAAACUAAAUGGCUGGGUAACAUCUUUCUUAAUACCAAUAAAUAAACAAUAAAAUCACAAACAUUGAUGUGAAAAUUAGCCUGUUGGGCAUGUAAAAUUUGUCUACAUAUUAAAUAACUUGCCA